ACAAAAGCCCCAGGCUAAAAUCACGACAACAAGAUUACCACUUCAUGCAAAGAAACAGAGGGUCUCAUUCAAGCAUAUCACUCUUUCUCGCAACAGUGUUUAUCUGAAAACACUGACGACAAACGAAUCAUAUUCCCCAGAUAUCAAACCCUAGCGACAACAACAUCCCUCAUGAAGGUCAAGAUCACCCGGUGGAACACCGUCGCGACGUGGCGGUGGGAUAUCCCCGAAGACGACGUCUGCGGUAUCUGCCAAGUCCACUUUGACGGCACAUGUCCAACCUGCAAGUAUCCUGGUGAUGACUGCAGCAUCCUGUCUGGCAAGUGUGGUCACAACUUCCAUAUGCAUUGCAUCCUGGAAUGGAUCAAGCAGGACUCAGCAAAGGGCCAAUGCCCAAUGUGCCGCCAAAACUGGCGAACGGACGUUGCGGUCCUGUCAGGCACCCCGCCGUCACGUGGCGAUAGCGAUAAGCCGUCCCCAGCAGCCUGGAACCGCUCCACCAUGGCGCCCAACAGCUAUCCAGCUAGCUCCUGUGCCACCCUGCAGCUCAUCUUCGAGACCACCUCCGACCGCAGCUCCCAUCCUAUCCCAGGAAAAGAUGACAAUCAGCGCGACGCGAGGGACACUGUCAAUACCAACACCUCAACUCCCCGCCGCCCGCCUCGCCUCCCCCGACCACCCUGGGAAUACAUUCCCCCUCGAAAGGAUCACGCGACCACGGAGGAAUUAUACCGUCUGACGAUGGCCGACGUCCCGACGUCCCCGCGCCCCGAGGCCGAACAGCCCGCCCAGGCGCCUUUGUCUUCGUCCUUCUCACAAGGCCAGAAGGCCGCCCUUGCCGGCUCACCACCCGACAACAAGCUUGGCACCGAUACAACAACAGCCAUCAUCCCCACGUUGGAAGCAGAUGACGUAGCUGAGAACGAGGCCGUCGACGAAGCCCUUCUGCCGAAGCUCGAUCCUGCCGGUUUCUUUACCCUUGUCUCCAACUCCACAGCCAACACCACCCAUCACCCGACCGUCAAGUACAUCUUCUUAGACGAUGACCCGGAUACCCUCACAACCGCCCUCGCAGCGCAUCACUCCUCGAACCAAAUCUCGACGCCCUCGGCCUCGACCUCCAAAUCCGGACCCGGAAAGAACCCGAACCCGGACCGAGCCGUCCUCCUCGAUGUAGUACCCGGCGAAGAUGGCCAGUGGAAAGUUUCCUCCGUCGCUAGUCUCAGCGCAGACUUCGCCGUGACCGAUGCCAGCAUAUCUCGACAGGAGGGCGAGAAGGAGGGCGGGCUGGUGCUCAAGAUUGAGGGCGUCGAAAGCGAGGGUGCCACAACGAUGGGUGACAAGGAGAAGGAUCGUGCAGAGAGCCUGCCCAGCUCUAAUAGCGGUGUGGCGAAGUCUGUGAGCGAGGAGUACGGACCGCUGCUCGAGGAUUUCGAGCGUAAGAUGAGCGUCCUUCGGCGGGUCGUCAAGGCUGGUGAGGGUCGCGCUGAGAAGGCGCGUGAGACGAGGCCUUCUGAUGUCGAGGCUGAACCGGCCGAGGAGUGAUGCUUUAAUGCGUGCACCUUUUCAUCGAAUUUCGUCCAUUUACCAGCUUCAUGAUUGGGCCUCUGAUAUGGUCCACGGAGGACUCGAGACUUGUAAUAUCAUGGUUUAAAGGUAAGAGCUCGAACACACGAGGACCAAUUAUGGAUGCUGAUCGGCUAUAGAGAAUGACAGAGAAUUGCCCUACUGUCAGCUCAGGCUACGAUGGCGGCGGUUGAGCAGCUGUAUCUUUGUACGAUUCACGAAUCACGAAUCAUGAUGAGAACCCGGAGUAUAGAUGCUUUUCUCUAUCAACUACCUUAGGAUGGCAGCAAGUAGCUCUGCUUUGAGAUUGAAGCGACCUUGAUAGUCCAUAGCUUGGAAUAUGUCGUUGACAGGCAACCCGA